AUUUAAAGAGCCCACACGCGAAGUGACAUCUGCUUUCUGUUAUAUAGGAGAUUACUAAUUAUACCUUCCUACAAUAACGAGGAUCGUUAAUCAUCAGACUGAUUGGUCACUUUAUAGAUUCGUUUUACAAUAAUCAACCAAAGACCACAAUGGACAAAGUUCGAAGCAAUAUGACAGAGUUUUGGAAGGAGCACUCUAAGGCUGCUACAGUGGAGGAGAUGAUGCUGGAUUCUCGUGCCAAAGAACUGACUCAGCAUGAGCUGCCAGAGAUCCUCUCCAUGCUGCCUAGCCUGGAGGGAUGCAAAGUGCUGGAGCUGGGAGCAGGAAUUGGUCGUUACACCAAGCACCUGCUGACCAAGGCAGCCCAUGUGACUGCUGUGGACUUCAUGGAAAGUUUUAUAGAGAAGAACAGGCAGGAAAAUGGCCACCAUAGCAAUGGUACCUUCCUCCAAGCUGAUGUCACAAAGCUGGAUGUUCCCCAAAACAGCAUUGACUUUAUGUUCUCCAACUGGCUACUGAUGUAUUUGAGUGACGAGGAGCUGAAUUCGGUUAUGCAAAAAAUGCUGACCUGGCUGAAGCCUGGAGGCUUUCUGUUUUUCAGAGAGUCCUGCAACCACCGGUCAGGUGACAGUAAGAGGGACUUCAACCCCACCUGCUACCGUACUGAGGCACAAUAUAGCCACAUAACUACAACAGUGCAAGUGACGGAGCCAAAAGAGGGCCAAACGUUUGGUUUCGACAUUGUCUUGAAAAGGAGAGUUCAGACCUACGUUGAGAUGAAAAACAAUCCAAAUCAAAUCUGCUGGCUGCUAGAGAAGGUCUCUCGCUCCUCGAACAGCCAGAACGGAUUCAAAACCUUCCAGCAAUUCCUGGACAACCAGCAGUACACCAAACGUGGCAUCCUGCGCUAUGAGAAGAUGUUUGGGGCUGGUUACGUCAGCACAGGAGGACCUAGCACCACCAAGGAGUUUGUGGACCUGCUGAACCUGAAGCCAGGACAGAAGGUUCUGGAUGUUGGUUGCGGCAUUGGUGGAGGAGACUUCUACAUGGCAAAGGCAUUUGGAGUGGAAGUGCUCGGCUUGGAUCUGUCAGACAACAUGGUGGACAUUGCGAUAGAGAGGGCAAAAGUAGAGAACGUUCCAUCAGUGCGGUUUGAGGUUGCCGAUGCUACAAAAAGGACAUUUCCAGAAGAUUCAUUUGAUGUGAUCUACAGCAGAGACACAAUCCUGCAUAUAGAUGAUAAACUAGCCCUCUUCAAACGCUUCCAUUCAUGGUUAAAGCCAGGCGGACAGUUGCUUAUCAGUGACUAUUGCUGUGGGAAGAAGCCCUGGACCCCAGCAUUCGAGGCCUAUGUGAAACAAAGAGGCUAUGUCCUGUAUACACCUUCAGAGUAUGGCAAGUUCAUUCAGGAGGCUGGUUUCAGCAAAGUUCGAGCCGAAGACCGCACAGCCCAGUUCAUCGAAGUGAUUAAGACAGAGCUGCAGAGAGCAGAGGCCAUUAAAGAUGAAUUCAUUAAGGAAUUUUCUGAAGAGGAUUAUUUUGCAAUAGUGAAUGGAUGGAAAGAAAAACUGGAACGUUCCACCAGUGGAGACCAAAGAUGGGGACUUUUUCACGCUACAAGAGACUGAGUUGUUGAAGCUCGCCGUGUUAGAGAUAAUAAAAGAAAAAAGAAACAAUGUUUCUGCUACAUUAUUCUUUUUAUGGGUAUGCUGUUGUCUUUAAAGAAAAUCACUGACAACUCUUUCAUUAUUUUGUAGCAAUAUAUCUUUAACUGUGUGAUCUACACUUUGCCAUCUUGUAUUUCUAGUGAGCAAAUAUUUUUGGGAGUAUAACAACAACAGAGUGUAAAAGAAGGUCCAGACAACUGCACAGAGUAGUCAAGGUUUAUUCUGGUUAAGCAGGUUGUUGGUAUCCAAUUACUUAAAUGUAAACAAGUUGAAAUGAGUUCUUGAACUAAAAAAAUAGCACUGUUCUCAACUGCAGAGGCAAAAUCAAUUGACAGCAGAUUGAUUUUUGAAGGAAGAUGCAAUUAAUUAUUUCUAGUUAAAUUAACAGGUGCACAAAUUCAUCUAAUAGACAGUGUAUUGCAACAAGUUUGAGUAGCUAAUACUGAGCAGAUAGACCCAGGGGAAAACAAAUUCAACAGGAACCAGUUAAACUGGUUGAAGCAGUCAGCUCAUCUUUUCUGGGCUGUCUGCAUUCUCAUGUCAUCCCAUGUCUCAUGACAUCAGAUUACAGUUUAAAACCAUCAACAGGAUUUGCAAGUAUUGCUGGGAUGUGAUUUGCUCAUCUGGCUGGGGGAGGGGUUUGCCAAUAACCAAGAGUUAGUAAAACAUUACAGAAAAAGAAGUUUCUUUAGCUACAUUCAGCUGCUCUCUUAUUCUCCAGGGAUUGCCACAGUGGGUAGCUCCACAUGUUUGAUUUGGCAGAGUUUUCUUCCUCAUGCAACCACAAAGAAACUUCUGUCUCCUUCCAGGAAAAAAAACUAGAGAUCUUUUGUUUGGUAGGCAAAUGUGUAAACCACUACAAUAAGAGCCACGGUUGGUAAAGCAUUGCAACACCUCCUAAAUCCCAAAUUUUUAAUUAAAUACAUAGUUUUUCAUUUCUUAAUAAAAGCUGGGAUAAAUCAAUCUCAUGAAUUCUAAAAAAUAUGCUAAUAAAUACCAGAUAAUUACUCCGUGUUUACCAUUAACUGCUUCUUCAAAUAUUCUCGUAUGCCACAUUCAUCCACUGUGCAGAUUUGCAAUAAUGAUUCUGAUCCAUUUUCAAAUCUGUGUGGUAACGCAGCAGAUUUUCCUAAAUGCAAAAAGA